AAGCAAGCAGCCAAUAAUAAGGUCCAACAACACCACCAACAGGCUGUAUUUCCAUUCUGCUUGGAUGACUCAGACCCAGUGGCCUUCCACAUAAACGCCCAGGCUCCCGAAUGCUUAGUUCCUAUCCGACUAGACGUCGAAUCAGAUGGUGUGAAGUUGCGUGAUUGUUUCACUUGGAACAGGAAUGAACAGCUCAUCACACCUGAACAGUUUGCCGAGUUGCUCUGUGAUGACCUUGAUUUGAGCGCUCCCACUUUUGUCCCGGCGAUUGCUCAAGCUAUUCGCCAACAGGUAUUUUGUAUUGCUAUUAGUUGUCCAAAUUAUGUUUAA